GUUCCCAACUUAGGGGUUUUCCCCCCAGAUUUAGGGGGCAAAUAAGUAAAAUGGGAUUUUUUAAGGGGUCUGAAAUUUUUAGGCAACUGGCGGCAAUUUUCAUCGAAUAAAAAAAAAUUUUAAAUUUAUUCAUUGUCAACAUGUAUGAUUUCAAAAAAUCUGAAUCUUCAGAUAAAGACGUAAUAUUUUGUCUGUAUUAAAUAGACUUUUGAAACAUAUUACAGCAUAUUAUUUCUAAAUUAUUAUGAAUUCAUAUUUUUUAUGGGGACAACUCAAUAAUUAAGGCGAUUUUAGGGGUUUUUGUCACAAACUUUAGGGAUAAAUAUUUUGGAGAGUUGGUAACACUGUGAUUUGAAACGAAAAAAGCUUCUCGCUGGAGGAAGUGGUUGACGCACGUGUUAGUGAGUCUUCGGUGAUUUUUUUGGUUUUUUUUUGUGUAUAUUUUCACAGUUUAAAUAGUUAUUAUUGUGUUAUUAUUAACCCUACUGGUGCUGGUAAUAUAAUAUUGUUAAAUCAUGGAGAUAGAUCCAGAUCAAAACCCCUCUGACCCGACAAUCGGAUCACGAAAACGUCCUGGAGAGGAUGGAGUUUCUUCUUCCUCCUCCAAAACAUCCAACGACACUCAAUCCUCUCCAUCCAUCCUAAUCCCUGAAAGAAUAUACUCCUAUCAUUCUUCAGUCCCAGUAGAAAUCUAUAAAUUUCCCACCAUCCAGUGCCAAAAUUGUUGUCGUUUUGGCCACAUCAAGUUGUCUUGUCGGUCCAAGCCUAGGUGCUACAGGUGUGCUCAGCCCCACUCAGGAGAUACUUGCCCAGUACCUCCGAAAUCCUCCUAUCGGCAAACAAUAUUCCGUUCCCCGCGUCCUGGAGCCCCCUUAGCGAAAGGGUAUGAUAAAAGAGCCCACCAAGAUAUGGUUGGAUGCUCUUCAUCCCUCCCAAAUGGUUGCGCUUUGAAUGGUGAUCAAGUUGAUACCCCUCCCUCCCAGGGCAGAAUUCUAGAAUUUCUGGCCGAGUUCCUUUACUGCCCAACGUUGCCCAAUGGACCCAACAACCCUACUUCAAUGGAACUGUAGAAACUUACAUUACAAAAAACACGAAUAAAUAUCUCUCUUAAAUCUGCAUAACCCUGGCAUUGUUGCCGUCUCGGAAACAUGGCUGAUUCCAGGUUCUCGUAUUCGGGUUCCAGGUUUUCCCUGCUUGCGGGACGACAGGGAUGACAGUUGUGCUGGUAGUGCCAUCCUUAUGAAUCACUCCCUCCCUUAUUCCCAAAUCCCUCUCCCUCCCCACAGCCAUCAGUUUAACUGUAGCUGUUCGUUGUUCCCUCACCCUUCUUUUUCUGUUUUUCCUGAAAUUCAAUCUAUCCUAUCUUAUCUUCCCAGUCUGGUCAUAGUCAUGGGUGACUUCAACACUCACCACACUAUGUGGGGGUGUCAUGCCACUGAUGGGUUUGCUCCUCUGCUGAUAGAUAUACUGGACAAUGUUAACCUUUUGCAUCCUCAACGAUGGUUCUCCUACACAUCGAGUAUACCCUGGUCAGUAUCCAAAAUCAGCUGUGGACCUUACCCUUUGCUCCUCGAACCUGGCUUCCCAAAUGAAUUGGAGAGUGCUGCCGUCCACCCAUGGCAGUGACCAUUUUCCUAUCAUCGUCUCAUUAAAUAACAGAUCCCUUCCCAUGCCCAACUAUGAUCCCUAUUGUAGAUUUUUAUGUAAAUAUGUAGAAUGUAAUAAGAUCAAAUUGUAAUAUAUGUUUAUAGUGUGUAAAUUAUUUUAAAUAUUUUGUUAAUGUAAAUAUAUGUUAUUUGUGUCGGUUUAGGUUAGGAACUAACAAAAAUAUUAUUUAAUAGUAACUAUUUAGUAGAUCCUCAAAAUUGAACUUGUCAGCCUUCACCGAACAAUCUCCAUCGUGCCUUCUCCAUUUACUCAACACUGGCGAGAUAAACAGUGCCCAGUUGGCACAAAUGAAAGCCAUAAAGAAGAAUUGAAUUGAAUUGAAGCUAACAAUUUACUCCACAACUAUUUAGUCACUGGCGCCAGUUUCAGGCUCCUUAAAUUGUAAAUUGAUUGGGAGAUACUUCCGGACGUCACUUCUGGAAUGAGAUAGUCACGCACUAAAGCUACUAAGGAUACAACCAGUCGUUAACUUACUAAAUUGAGUGCCUAGAGUGAGGACACAGCAGAUUGUUUGUGGUUAUCUCUAUGGUUGACACAAAACAAACACAGACAAUGCGGUGCUGCGUGCCUUUGUGCACAAAUACUUCAGACAAUGCGUCAACAUCUGAGAGACCGGGAAUUACCUUCCGUAGGUUACCCAAUGAAGUAAACCUCCGUGAUACUUGGCUCAAAGCCCUCGGCAUACAGGAGCAUCACCUGCCCGACCCUGCUGUGGUCUGCUCACAACAUUUUUCAGAUGACAACUUUUCUUACUCAGAGAGUUGUGUGAGUCAGAUUCACUCCAAUUGUAAUGCUUCAACAGUGCAGGAUAUACCUGAAGUGGAAGCAGUUGUGAUCAAGAAGGAAGACUGUUCGGUUUAUGAAGAUAACUGUGGGUCUAAUGAGAAAUACUCUAAAGUUAGCAUAAAGAUAGAGUUGGAGGGACGGGACGAGACUUUGAAAGAAGAGAUUUUCCAUAGAAAAGCAGCAAAAUCCUCCACUGCAGUUGCAGAUCACAUGACCAAAACAGAGAGUUGCAUGAAGAGUGAAAGCGUUACCUUUGGAUGCACGCUUUGCCUCCUGGACUUUGUGGAAGAGACCGCAUACAAUGAACAUAUGGUCAUGCAUUUCCAGGACGCUGGCAGUGACUCUGCAUCACAAGUGUGCGAGCCUCGUGCAGCUGUGAGCCGCAGCGGUGACUCACUCGUGCUGCAGAACAAGUCAGUAUACAACGACGCUGCAUGUGAUGCAUCACAAGUGUGCGAGCCUCGUGCAGCUGUGAGCCGCAGCGGUGACUCACUCGUGCUGCAGAACAAGUCAGUAUACAACGACGCUGCAUGUGAUGCAUCACAAGUGUGCGAGCCUCGUGCAGCUGUGAGCCGCAGCGGUGACUCACUCGUGCUGCAGAACAAGUCAGUAUACAACGACGCUGCAUGUGAUGCAUCACAAGUGUGCGAGCCUCGUGCAGCUGUGAGCCGCAGCGGUGACUCACUCGUGCUGCAGAACAAGUCAGUAUACAACGACGCUGCAUGUGAUGCAUCACAAGUGUGCGAGCCUCGUGCAGCUGUGAGCCGCAGCGGUGACUCACUCGUGCUGCAGAACAAGUCAGUAUACAACGACGCUGCAUGUGAUGCAUCACAAGUGUGCGAGCCUCGUGCAGCUGUGAGCCGCAGCGGUGACUCACUCGUGCUGCAGAACAAGUCAGUAUACAACGACGCUGCAUGUGAUGCAUCACAAGUGUGCGAGCCUCGUGCAGCUGUGAGCCGCAGCGGUGACUCACUCGUGCUGCAGAACAAGUCAGUAUACAACGACGCUGCAUGUGAUGCAUCACAAGUGUGCGAGCCUCGUGCAGCUGUGAGCCGCAGCGGUGACUCACUCGUGCUGCAGAACAAGUCAGUAUACAACGACGCUGCAUGUGAUGCAUCACAAGUGUGCGAGCCUCGUGCAGCUGUGAGCCGCAGCGGUGACUCACUCGUGCUGCAGAACAAGUCAGUAUACAACGACGCUGCAUGUGAUGCAUCACAAGUGUGCGAGCCUCGUGCAGCUGUGAGCCGCAGCGGUGACUCACUCGUGCUGCAGAACAAGUCAGUAUACAAGGACACUAGUGUCAUGACACAACACUGCUUGUGCACUACGUCCCAGCUCAGACUCACAUUCUGCUGCUGUUCCACAGGACAGGGAGUCAGAGGCUGAGCGAUGAGCCUCCCCCGGCUGCAGGCUGCGCUCCGGCUGUAGCCGCUUCACUCUUCGCAAGAUUUGCACCGAACUACGAGAACAAAGUGCAGGCAACUGAAGCAGCUGCGAUCCAGAGAGAAGGACAAAUCCUUGAAACUAACAUUGGCGAACUAGGCAACCCAUCAUCUCAGAGCGGCAUU